UCCCUGCUGGUGAAGAGAAACCCAGCAUUGACUUUCUUUAUGAUUUCUUUGGGACGAGACCAUAGAGAGAAGACAAGUCCCACUCCCAUAUCAACAUCGGUGCUUUUGCUCCUAUGCACCGAUUUUUAGCAAAGAUGGUUGUGACAAACCUUUGGCCUCAAGUUCGUCGGAGUGAGCUUACGCUUAAGAAGGCCACCCUUCUCUAUGCCAUAGUGAUACGUACUCCUUUUUGCCUAUGCAAGCACAUCUUGCACAUUAUGCUCGAGACUCGGGAUGAGAAGAACACGAGUCUGUCCUUUGGGUGUUUAAUCACUCACAUCUGUCUUCAAGUUGUGACAGAUAUUUCAGACUCUGAGCCCAGAUCACAGAUUCCAGAUCCUCUUGGCAUUCAGACCCUCAUGAAGUCCAAUGCACAGUUGUGGCACGAGGCUCAAGGCGGUGUUCCUCAGCCUCCACCAGUUCCCCCACCAGCAGUUGCAUCAUCAUCCCAGGCUAUGGCCCCUACUUUUGAUAUAGAGGCUGCAUUUGCUCAGCUUAUGUCAUCCAUGGGAGUUCUCCAUCGUGAAGUAAAUCUUAUUGGAGAGCGUGUUGAACAAUGUCAGAUUGACGUCAAUGCUUUUAUCAGGGAUUCCACUAUUCAGAGUGAUGUCAGAAGAUUCUGCACUGCUUACAAGUCAGAAGAUUUCGGUUCCCUGUCAGCCGUCUGGACGACGUGUCAUCCCGUUCGAACACCCAUCUGUCCACUGUUCCAUCCGUCUGGACGCCCAAACAGACCUAGCAUCAUUCGUCCGAACAACGUAGACUUCCGUCCGGACCCUUCACUGUAUCAAGAAGCUUCUGUUCCAGCUUGCAUCCGUCUGAAAGUAUCAACAGCCCGUCUGGACGCCUCUCAGUAUUCAAUCAAGCUUCAGAUUCUUUCUAAGUUCAUUUAUGUGAAGUUUGGUGCAACCGUCCAGACGACUUGGAUUCUCGUCCGGACACGCUUCUCCUUAAGGCAAGAAUCGCAAUUCAAAUUCAACCGUCUGGAAUCCAGUCUGCCAUCGUCCGGACGCGCGUGCAUCUGAUAUGGAAAUUGCGGAUUCGACUUCAACCGU